AUGUCCAUAUUUAUGGAAGCAGUGAUGCUGCCUUCCUCCGAAGCAGCACUGGUUGGAAAAGGUGGGUCCCAAAAGCCGCACACUCCGAUCGUCCGACGGUUGACCGUGGCCACCGGCGCAUUAUUCAAUACGGUCGAAAUACCUUUAAAACCAACUAGUCAGGUGCUGCUCAAAAGGCACCUGCUGUGCGUAGCUGCAUUAGGAGAGGGACCUCGAGCUAGGCCGGCCUCCUACAGCCAGAAGGCCCAGGAGAUGGAGAAGCCUUUCGCUGCAGGCAACAGCCGCGCCCUAUUUCAACUGAUCCUAUCAACGGGUCAAAAGAAGGCUGGUGUCAGUGAGACAAUAUGCGAACAGCAAUUCACUCCCUCAGUUGCCGUCUUGAGCGGUGAUCGGACACAACUGCUGGAAGAACCAAGCGGGCCCGAAUGGAUCAUUGACACCAAACCACCGUCAGCAACCGAAAUCCAGCGUGAAAUUUCCAUCCUGAAGCGCGACAAGACAUUUGGCCCGGAUCGUUUACACUCCGCUCCCCUCAAAGGAGUCGAAAUGCUUCCGGGACGUUCCUUCACAAACAUUGAGUAUGUGGGCAAUAUUGCUCUCCUUGAUUCAGAUCCUUCAGAACUACAAACGAUUUCAAAUAACCUGAUUAACUCUGCCGCACGGUUUGGCAUGCGCUUCACACCUGUAAAGUGCAAAGUACUGCUACAAGACUGGGAUGGACCAAGCCUACACCUCAUGUUUGCAGGUGAAGUAAAUUUAGUAGACUUUUUGACCAUCGAUGCAUUCGGGGCAUUGACAGAGCCCAGUGAGAACACCGGAAUCACGAUGCUUGAAUUACAUGGAGAGGUUUUCGAUGGAAAUAACUUGCGUGCAAUAGGUGGACUGGUCAGAUACGUCUAUGAGGACAGCUUAGAUCUGCUGGCCAAAUUGCCCGUUGUCGCUGCGAAGAUCUACCGCAACCUAUACCGCGAUGGAACUUCUGUGGGUGCUAUCGAUCCGAACAAAGAUUGGUCUCACAAUUUCUGUCGAAUGUUGGGCUACGAGAAACCAGAGUUUACCGAAAUGAUGCGCUUGUACUUAACAAUUCAUUGUGAUCAUGAGGGUGGCAACGUUAGCGCGCACUCUUGCCAUUUGGUGGGUAGUGCCUUGUCCGAUCCGUAUUUGAGUUUUGCAGCCGCAAUGUGUGGUUUGGCUGGCCCACUUCACGGUUUGGCCAAUCAAGAGGUUCUAUUGUGGAUCACAAAGCUUCGCGAAACUAUCGGCGAUCAUCCUACAGAUGAACAAGUGAAAAAUUAUGUCCAGGAUACCCUCAAAAGCGGACGUGUAAUCCCCGGUUUCGGACACGCAGUUUUGCGAAAAACGGAUCCUCGUUACAUGUGUUCGCGUGAAUUUGCAUUAAAGCACUUCCCAGACGAUCCCUUGUUCAAAAUCACUAGUCAAUUGUACACCAUCGUUCCGCCAGUCCUCCAACAGUUAGGUAAAGUACAAAACCCGUGGCCAAAUGUUGACGCUAAUUCCGGUAUGCUGCUCCAGCACUACGGAUUGACAGAAAUGCAGUACUAUACGGUUUUGUUUGGCGUCUCUCGAGCCCAAGGUGUACUGGCCUCGUUGCUUUGGGAUCGUGCCCUCAACCUACCCAUCGAACGUCCAAAGUCGCUCUCUACCAACGACCUAAUGGCUUUAGUGAAGGCGAAAGCUGCCUAACCCUGUUUCGAAUACGGCCAACUUAUCCGAAUUAUUGAACUCUCGGCCCUCAGAUAUGCAGCUAUCCCAAACGCAAUAGGUCGUGACAGCCCAGCCCAACCCAGUUCAGCAUCGUUAUCUUAGAUGAACCUAUCGUUUUGCUACCUGUGGCUCCCUUUAUCGGUGUGAACUCGCUCUGAUGGCUGAUGAAAUGUUUCCACCACCCAUGUAUUCUCCUUGUCUUCUACAUCCGCACGUUGUUUGGGCUUUUGAGGGACCGGGAAUCGUUCUAAUUCGCAUUUACUGGACACAGUUAUCCUGUUUACCAUAUUUGCGACAUGUUACCGCUAGGAUUACUAGUUUUUUUCGUAAAGCCUUUGUCCCAUUACUUGCUCUAAUAUGUAUGCCUGCGCAUAGAGCAAGAAAUUUAUAGUAUCUCGGCGUUAUUCCAUUUCGCUGCUGUCUUCAUUCACACUAUUGCAUACGCAUUUUCACACAUUUCUGAAUACACACCCCCGUUAUCUCACUGAACCUAGCUUUUUUCUUCGUUCACCGACCUUUGCCGAACGGAUUGUUGGUCGGACACCCAAAUUCUUGCUGUCGUUGGAUUCCUCAGUUUUCUCCAACUCAUUGGUGGGUGGGUUCGAUGAGUGAAUCCCGAUUAUUUCCUUCCCUACGGUUUUUUACUGCACACGAGUGCUGUAAAUGUGUAAAAGGUGGACCUAUUAUCGGGCGUUCUGGCACAAAUAAAAAACGAGUAGGG